CGGAUAAGAAAGACAUAUUUUAAUUGGGGAUGUAAUUAGACAGGUUUCAUUCUCUUCAUCUGCCCUGGAAUGGAAAAAAUGGAAAUAUCUGACUUUAUGGAUGAGUAUAGAUGAACGAGGAGAUGAGACAAUGAGAUGGAGUCAUUAGACUAUUGAGAUAAAGGAGAGGAGACAAUGAGAUGACGCUGCUAUAGGAGAGGAAGCGAGCUGGACCAUGGAUGAGCCUCCUCACGACACCAAAAAUGUUAUGCUAUGUCAGCUAUGCUGAGGCACCACUCGUUUUCUCCUAUGAAUAAGUAACAUAGGCUACUUCAAGGAAGGGAGGAAAGAAUGAUUCGUUCCCAAAGUAGUCCCAAUGAACAAAACCGGAGGGACUCCACUCUUUUGCGGACCAGCCAAGAACCUAGACCGAGUUUCACUUUCACAUCUCUGGAAGUUGAGCUUUUUUUCAAAGUAUAUUCUACCCCUUGUUCUGGUGAAUCAGAGUGUCACUCUACAGUUCUGUAGGGCUGCGUGAACAGAUGACAUGAUAUCUUCUUCCUCUGAUGAAAGAAUAUGAUCUGCUGUAGCGGGGGUGGUUGAGGACCAGAACACGCAUCCAUCAAGGCGGGAGCGCGCAUUGUGAAGAGGCGGGGCAGCGGGAAUAUCUCUUUCCGGAUAUUUACCUCCACCUGCCCGCCCGACGCGCCCAGUUCCAAGGUUUUUAACAGCGGUAGUAUCAACGGACAUGACAAAGUUCCCAAAUCCAGGAUUACUGAGGUUGUGGAGAGAUGGACUGAGGGUUGUGUCAGUGUGUGUGUGAGUGAGUGACGCGUAAUUCAGAGUGCAAAGACACAGAGAGACGUGACAGUCCCGCGUCCCAUUGUGAAAUAGCUACGCGGCUCUGAGACCACUGUCUGCGGGGAAACACACAGCCAUAACGGGUACCUCCCUAACAUUCCCAACCAACGCGGCUCUGAGACCACUGUCUACAGGGGGGAACACACAGCCAUAACGGGUACCUCCCCAACAUUCCCAACCAACGCGGCUCUGAGACCACUAUCUACAGGGGGGAACACACAGCCAUAACGGGUACCUCCCCAACAUUCCCAACCAACGCGGCUCUGAGACCACUGUCUACAGGGGGGAACACACAGCCAUAACGGGUACCUCCCCAACAUUCCCAACCAACGCGGCUCUGAGACCACUAUCUACAGGGGGGAACACACAGCCAUAACGGGUACCUCCCCAACAUUCCCAACCAACGCGGCUCUGAGACCACUGUCUACAGGGGGGAACACACAGCCAUAACGGGUACCUCCCCAACAUUCCCAACCAACGCGGCUCUGAGACCACUGUCUACAGGGGGGAACACACAGCCAUAACGGGUACCUCCCCAACAUUCCCAAUCAACGCGGCUCUGAGAGCACUAUCUACAGGGGGGAACACACAGCCAUAACGGGUACCUCCCCAACAUUCCCAACCAAUGCGGCUCCACAUACUCGUCCCUCUAUUGAUUUGAAUGUGUUGACAGUUGGAGAAAUAGGUUGAGCCGCAUUGAGAAUUAGAAAAGUAUGAAAGCCAAUGGUCCAAUAUUCUAGAAUACUGCUGUGCGGGGACAUUUUGGACUCUGAUAGACGUGUGUUUGUAAGAGGCUGAGUCACCCGUGGUAACAGACAUGCCCAAACCUGAUCUACUCUGUUUGGUUCAACUACUGGACAACACUAUCCAGACCUUUACAGUCAACAAGCAGGAUGCAGGUGAGGUUUUGCUGGAGCAGGUGUGUAACCAGCUGGGUCUGAUGGAGAGACACUUCUUCAGUCUGCAGCUACGAGACUCCAACACCACCAUCGUCACUCAAACACACUCUCCUAGGUGGCUGGAGGCCAACAAACCACUGAAGAAGCAGCUGAAAGGAGUUGUCUCUCCAUUCUACCUGACCCUCCGAGUCCGAUUCUUCAUCUCAGACCCCAACUCUCUACAGCAUGACCAGACCAGACAUAUGUACUUCCUCCAGAUCAGGAGUGACAUCAGAGAGGGCAGGUUGAAGUGUCCUCUGAGUGCAGCUGUAGUACUGGCCUCCUAUGCUGUGCAGUCUGAGCUAGGUGACUACUCCCCAGACCUUCUCCCUGGUUACCUGUCCAAAAGCCACUUCCUCCCGGAGCAGGAUGAUGACUUCCUGUCUAGAGUGGAGGCUCUGUACCCAGGGCACAGGGGGCUGAAGCAGAGUGAGGCAGAGCUGUGUUUUCUCAACACAGCAAGAACUCUGGAGAUGUAUGGAGUGGAGCUACACACUGCCAUGGACUCUGACAGUUCCCCUCUAUUGGUGGGAUUGGCCUCAGGGGGCGUGGCAAUCUUCUGUAACAUGAUUUGCUCCAGUUUCUUCCCCUGGGUGAACAUCAUCAAGAUAUCCUUCAAGAGGAAACGAUUCCUUAUGCAGCUCAGACGCAAACACGGGGAGACGCAGGACUGUGUGGUGAGCCUGGUCCUGCCGUGCCCCAGGGCCUGUAAGAACCUGUGGAGGUCAUGUGUGGACCAUCACUGCUUCUUCCACACCAACCUGGCAACCCGUAGCCCACACCACACCAACCUGGCAACCCAGAUACACAACAAGCUGCUCUCACAACACUGGGCCUUGGGCAACACUAAAACAGACAGUGGACCAGUGUGUAAGAAAGUUAUGGGUGGGAUGGAGUGGAACCCAGCUCUGAGGGGAUCCACCUCGUCAGAACACCUGGAGACCAAGAGCCUACCUUCCCGAUCCCCCCCGCUCACACCCAACUGGCGGAGUCCUCGUGUGCGUCAUGGCGCCCGUAAACCCCGCCCCUCCUCAGUGGAGCUGAACAAUGACCUGCGCGACAUGUCGGAGGGGGAGGAUGUAUUUUACACCUACAGGGUCUCUCUCAGCAGCAGCAGGGGCAGCCAGGAGGGCACGCCUACACACAGUGUUUCUGGCACUCACAGCCAAGGAGGUGGAUGGUCGCAGGUUGAUGACAUCAGCACAGGAGAGGAAGACAUUAAGGCCACCUCUCACUACCGGGACAAGCGUGCUCUUGGUGAUGGCGACCUGCUAUUGGUGCGUCUCGCUCCUGAUCACGAUGGAAAGUUUGGUUUCAAUGUCAAAGGUGGCGUGGACCAGAAGAUGUCCCUGGCCAUAUCCCAGGUCAACCCUGACUCCCCUGCGGGGCGGGUUGAGCCAAGGUUGUUGGAAGGUGACCAGGUCGUGCUGAUCAACGGUCGCGACAUCUCUGAACACACGCAUGACCAGGUGGUCAUGUUUAUAAGAGCCAGCAGAGAGUCCCACUCCAGAGAACUGGCUCUGCUUAUACGACGCAAAGGUCCAGGGCGUGUGGCCCCCCUGCUGCAGUUUCCCUCUGCCCUGUCUCUGACUGGCCAAUCACACGGUGAUCCACUGCUUCUGCCUGGCCAAUCAGAACAAGGCCAGACACUUGAAGAGUCCAUGAAACAACUGGAGAGGGGAAUCCAGACAGGCACUCUCACCUUCCACUUCGAGAACCUGUACAUGAGGAAGCCUGGCCUGUCAGUAGCCUGCGCUCGUCUCCCUGAGAACACAGACAAGAACAGAUACAAGGACGUGCUGCCCUAUGACAUCUCCAGAGUGGUACUUCAGGACCAAGAGGACUACAUCAAUGCAAGCCACAUCACGGUGAUGCCCCCAGGGUCUGGUGUGUGUCUGCGCUACAUUGCAGCUCAAGGACCGCUGCCUCAGACCUGCACUCACUUCUGGCAGAGUGUGUGGGAGCAACACACACACACCAUCAUCAUGCUCACCACACUCACCGAGAGAGGACGGACUAAGUGCCACCAGUACUGGCCACACCCUCCUGAAGUGAGGGAUUAUGGGUACCUGAGGGUCAGCUGCCACUCUGAGGAAUGCAACCUGGCCUACGUCACACGCCAGUUCACCCUCACACACACACAGCUGGGAGAGGAGCGUUCGGUGACCCACCUGCAGUAUGUAGCAUGGCCAGACCAUGGUGUACCUGAUGACCCCUCAGACUUCCUGCUGUUCAUCACCUCUGUUAGAGAGAGGAGGACAGGAGACACACCACUUAUGGUGCACUGCAGCGCAGGGAUUGGGCGUACAGGUGUUCUCAUUACCAUGGAGACGGCGUUGUCGCUGUUGGAGAGCGGUCGACCUGUGUUCCCUUUGGACAUCAUCAGGACGCUCCGAGACCAGAGGGCCAUGAUGAUCCAGACCACGUGUCAGUUCCGGUUUAUGUGUGAGGCCAUCCUGCGUGUCUACAGAGAGCGAGAGGAGAGCAUUCUGCAGCACCACCCUCAGCACUGCUAAUGGACCAUUAACAGGAGGAUGGGGGACAGCUAUCCACAAUGCUAGGCUAACAGGAGGUGGGGGGACAGCUAUCCACAAUGCUAGGCUAACAGGAGAAAAGUACUGCUAGCCCCUGCGCUAGGCUAACAGGAGUUAGGACCGCUAGGCUGUAGCCUUAGAGAGCCAUAGCACUCCACUAGCCUUAAGUGCUCGGCAACGGCUUGCCUUCUGUUGCUACAGCACAUAACGAGCCAUAGUGUCAAAUGUGCUCAGCUAGUCCUAUCCUUAUGUUAGACAUAGAACACUGCUAGCAGGAAGGACCAUGUACUGCAAAGGUCUUUUUUUUGUUUUUUGUAAUUCUCUGGACCAAAGUGCUACUGUAUGAGUGACUGAAGACUGUAUCUCAGUUCCUCCUGAGUGGAGGCUAUAUAGCCUUCCUAAUGGUGGCCCUCGGCUAGUUCCUCCUGAGUGGAGGCUAUAUAGCCUUCCUAAUGGUGGCCUGUGGCUAGUUCCUAUUGAGUGGAGGCUAUAUAGCCUUCCUAAUGGUGGCCCUCGGCUAGUUCCUCCUGAGUGGAGGCUAUAUAGCCUUCCUAAUGGUGGCCCGUGGCUAGUUCCUAUUGAGUGGAGGCUAUAUAGCCUUCCUAAUGGUGGCCCUCGGCUAGUUCCUCCUGAGUGGAGGCUAUAUAGCCUUCCUAAUGGUGUCCCACGGCUAGUUCCUCCUGAGUGGAGGCUAUAUAGCCUUCCUAAUGGUGGCCCGCGGCUAGUUCCUCCUGAGUGGAGGCUAUAUAGCCUUCCUAAUGGUGGCCCGCGGCUAGUUCCUCCUGAGUGGAGGCUAUACAGCCUUCCUAAUGGUGGCCCACGGCUAGUUCCUCCUGAGUGGAGGCUAUAUAGCCUUCCUAAUGGUGGCCCGCGGCUAGUUCCUCCUGAGUGGAGGCUAUAUAGCCUUCCUAAUGGUGGCCCGCGGCUAGUUCCUCCUGAGUGGAGGCUAUAUAGCGGCCCGUGGCUAGUUCCUAUUGAGUGGAGGCUAUAUAGCCUUCCUAAUGGUGGCCCGCUGCUAGUUCCUCCUGAGUGGAGGCUAUAUAGCCUUCCUAAUGGUGGCCCACGGCUAGUUCCUCCUGAGUGGAGGCUAUAUAGCCUUCCUAAUGGUGGCCCACGGCUAGUUCCUCCUGAGUGGAGGCUAUAUAGCCUUCCUAAUGGUGGCCCUCGGCUAGUUCCUCCUGAGUGGAGGCUAUAUAGCCUUCCUAAUGGUGGCCCACGGCUAGUUCCUCCUGAGUGGAGGCUAUAGAACUAGGCCUUUUCUAGACUAGAGAGAUUGACUGGUCUGUCUGUAUUGUUGCGAGAGUGUUGAGGCUUUCGGUGGAUUCACAGUAGAGAUGAACACUGCCAGAGCCACCACACACUACCCCCGAUCCCACCUUCCCUAAAUUAUUGACACACUGAAUAAACACACUGACAUCUA